AUGGCCACUAUGCAGAUGCGGAGAACAGCUUCCUUGAGUGCGUUGGUGUUUCCCAGUAAGAUAUCAACUGAGCAUCAGUCUCUGAUGUUUGUGAAAAGGCUCCUAGCUGUGUCCGUGUCCUGCAUCACCUAUUUGAGAGGAAUAUUCCCAGAACGUGCUUAUGGGACAAGAUACCUGGAUGAUCUUUGUGUCAAAAUUCUGAAAGAAGAUAAAAGUUGUCCAGGUUCCUCACAGUUAGUGAAGUGGAUGCUAGGAUGCUAUGAUGCUUUACAGAAGAAAUAUCUAAGGAUGAUCAUUCUAGCUGUGUACACCAAUCCAGAAGAUCCUCAGACAAUUUCAGAAUGUUACCAGUUUAAGUUCAAGUACACCAAAAAUGGACCGAUCAUGGACUUUAUAAGCAAAAACCAAAACAAUAAAUCUAGUACAACAUCUGCUGACACCAAGAAAGCAAGCAUUCUCCUCAUUCGGAAGAUUUAUGUCCUGAUGCAGAACCUAGGGCCUUUACCUAAUGACAUUUGCCUGACCAUGAAGCUUUUUUACUAUGAUGAAGUUACACCCCCAGCUUACCAACCUCCAGGGUUUAAGGACGGUGAUUGUGAAGGGGUGAUAUUUGACGGGGACCCCACCUACUUGAACGUGGGAGAAGUCCCCACACCUUUCCACACCUUGAGACUAAAAGUGACCACUGAGAAAGAACGAAUGGAAAAUAUUGAUUCAACCAUACUAACACCAAAGCAAUCAAAAAUAUCAUUCCAGAAAAUUCUAAUGGACAAAGAUGAUGUAGAUGAAAAUCAUAAUAAUUUUGACAUUAAAACUAAAAUGGAUGAACAGGAAGAAAACUCUGGAACUUCUGAAAUGAAAGAACCAAAAUUAGAAUGUGAGGAAGAAGAAAUUAUGCAGUUCAAAAAAACCCCAAGUCCUUCAAUUUCUCAUUGUCAGGUUGAACAGUUAGUUAGUAAAACAUCUGAACUUGACGUGUCUGAAAGCAAAACAAGAAGCGGAAAAAUCUUUCAGAGUAAAAUGAUAAACGGAAAUCAGCAAGGACAAUCUUCUAAAGAAAAUCGGAAAAGAAGUCUUCGUCAAGCUGGGAAAACAGCCCUUCAUUUCUUGGAUUCUUCUAGUGAAGAGGCAGCACUGAAAAGAAGACGAGUCAGUGAGCCAGAGGCACUCCCCUAA